AUGACGACAGAACAGAAAUAUGAUUGUGUAUUUUGCAAAGAGACAUUCGAUGAUAAAGAGGCCUUACAAAUACAUUUCAGAAAACACGGGGAUCCAAAAUUUAAUAAAAUAUCAAAGUCAAAAGGGCGCACAUUGAAUGAAGAAUCGAGUACUGAGAAACCGGUAGAGGAAAAUGAAAUGGUUGGAUGUGAUGUAUGUGAGGAAGUGUUCCCGACUAUAUCUAAAGCAAUAACUCAUAAACAUAAAGUACAUCCAGACCAUGAUGCAAAAUACUUUUGUUCAUUCUGCGGCAAAGUCUUUACAAUGAAGCAUCUUUUCAAUAAGCACAUACAAACAAAUCACAAUGGCGAACCCACAAACAAUACAAGAGAUUUUUAUUGUGAAUGCUGUGAAGUUGCAUUCUAUGUAGCACCAGCAAUGCUGUAUCACAAUAAAUUCUUCCACCGGCAAGACUCGGAACUGCCAGCUAUUGGUCAAUCAAAGAAAGUAAAGCUAUACAAUCAGAAACAUAUGGGUGAUGAUCAUGCUGAUGAACAGCAAAGUCCGAAUGAGGUGUUGAGGUGUCCGCUGUGCGAAGCUAUCUUCUAUCAUUUAGACGCAUUUGAAGUUCAUCUGACAUUCCAUACUACUGAGGACUUGUACAGCGAAAAGAAUGAAAUUGCUGAAGGAGUAACAGAGUUCUCAUUGGAAACAGUUCCACCGAUAAUGGAGAAAGUGGAAGAUGACCAACAACCUGAAGAUAAUAUGAACGAAGAAGGAAUUGACAGUUUUCUUCAACUGGUUAUGGGAGAAUCUGAGGAGCCGGAAAAAGUUAAAGUAAAGAAACAUAAAAAGCACAAGAAAUCAAAAAAAUCAGCAAUAACACUAGACGAGUUCUUAAACAUGAAUAAAGACGUGUUUGGUGACGGUCUGGAUGUACAGGGAAUUGAGGAAGUACCGACGCCCUUCGUACUGAAAAAACCUAAAGUUAAGAAAGUCAUGAAUAAGGUUGUGAAUGCAGAUCUAGCUAAACUGAAGAAAAUCGGCAUUACAGUUAAAACGAAAACCGCCAACCCUGUUGUGGCCAAUAUUAAGAAUGUGCCGACAAAAAUUAGUACACCCAUCACUAGCAAUAGAAAUAAAGUGAAUUCAACAAGUUCUCCAAACGAAAUUAUAUCGAAAUUAAUGAAUCAGGGAAAUAGUCAGAUAAAAAUUGUUAAAAAGACCGUACCGCAGAAUGUAGCGCAGAAUAUUAUUGAAAGUAAUGAACAAGAAUCAACAAUUAAAUCUCCUGAUGUAGGAGUAGAUAAAGAUAUCAACGAAGGUGUCGAUUUAAAUAGAUCUGUUGAAAAUGAAGCCAAAGAUGAAAAUAAUAGCGUUGUCGAUGACAAUACUGACAUAGAAAGUAGUAAUGUCAAAGAUGUUUCAGAAGAAGGGGAAAGUACUCAUUGUAAAGAGGAUGACUUAGAUAGUGUGACAAUACCAAAGUCAAAUAGUAGUGUAAAAGAAGAUAAUCAUACGGAACCAAUAACAUCAGCACAGAAUAAUUCAGAUGAGAUUACAGAAGACGACGGUAAUAUUUGUGAAGAAUCUGACAAUUUUCAGCAGAAUCAAAAUAAAGAUCAUAUAUCAAAUGAUUCUACCAAUUCGUGUAUUAAUAGUAAAGAAAACCAAGAUGACACCGAAAAAGAAGUGGAUAAUGUAGCUUUAAAAACUUUAAACGCUUUAAAACAUUUAAGUCAUCUGCUAACCGUGAAACCUGUGACAAAUAACAAGAAUGUUCAGAAAACGAGCGAAUCUAACAAUAUGAACAAAGAAACUGUAGAAGUUGCAAAAGAAACUAAAUUAGAUAAACCAUUGAGAAAUUUAUCGGAACAAAUAACAAUAAAAACGCCAAAAUCUCCAUCAGUUAAUACGAAUAAUGCAUCAGAUGGUGAAAGUGAGAACGGUCAUCCGAAUAGUGAUAUCGACGAUGAUGAAGAUUUAUCACAAAACAACGAUGGUACAAAUAAAAAUAACACACCAAAACAAGUACAUUCACCUCACACAGAAAGGACCUCAACACCAACCUCAACGAAGACAAAUAUUCCAGUUUCUAAUAAACCACCAGACGUAAACAUUAAAAGUGAGCUAUGUCCUAAAAAAAUAGCAAAUUUGAAUAUACUGAAACGUCUCACAAAUGUCACAGCUAAACCUAUAAGUAAAGCGAACACGCAGUUACCUAAUAAAAUGAAUAAAAAUAUCUCAAGUACAAAUAUUAAACAGGAAAAGGGAAAAAUUUACGAGGAAAUUGAAGUUUUUAAUAUUGACGAUUCCGACAGCGACGACAAUGAGCAAACGGAAACAGUUUCAGAGGAAGCGAAAAAGAAUAAUGUGCCAUUGGAUGCCUUGAAAAGUUUAAGCAAAAAUAUCACCGUGAAAAGCAGUCAAAUGACAAACUCGAAAGUUACGACUUAUAGAGCCGAAAGUAAUUUCGAGAAUUAUACAAAAUUCAACAAGCAGACGCCGGAAAUACAGAAGAGUAUCAAUUUACAAAACAAACUCAACAACUUCGGAAGUCAUAUAACGGUGAAAUCGAGAAACUCAUCGCCGAUAAAUAAAGAUAGAAAUAUAAGUGACGCUGACGAUGAAAACGAUGAACAAGAUUUUGAUAGUGGGACGGACGAAGAAGGGGCUGUGAGGAUUACUGAGGUCCAGGAAGACGCGGGAACAGAUGGAGAGGGAAAUGAAAACGAUACGAACGCUAUGGUUGAGUCACCGAAAGGUACUCACAGCGACCAGGGAGAGAUUGAUGAAGACUUAGCUGAUAAAACAUACGAAACUUCAAAAUCAUCUCCAUUAAACAGACAAAAUGAUGUCCCGUCAAAGAAAGCAUCAGGUAUAGAAAGCCUGAAUUUAAACAAGGAACUCACAAUUAAAUCACUAACGAAAAAUUGUGAUAAUGACGACGGUUCAAAUCAUUCCCGCCACAAAGAUGUCAAUGAAGAAACUAAAAACACUAGUAAGGAACUCGUGCUGAAGCAAUUCAAACAGAACGCGACCAACGAUCAACCGACCAAUAAGACCUCGCAGCCGACCGGCGGUUCUAUGAGCCAGUCGUUCAACCAAAAAGUUUCUACAUCAUCAAACCAAGUAACCAAAACUGUGAAGAGGUUCCAAUCGCAAACUAUUAUAGAGGAAAUCACGACGACCGUCACUAAAACAAUACGAACAGUUAAUCAAUCCACCAAUGAAGAAGUACAAAGCACCAGCCAGUUCACUCCCAAACCUACAGUGAGACCUCAGAAAAUCAUAAAUAGACUUCCCCAACCUGGCAGAGAAUUCCAAGGAACAACGAUCAGGCAAAUAACACCAACGGUGGGAACGAAAAUCAGAAGUACGGGCACUGCGGUGAGAUCACCGAAACCGAUGGUGCGUCCUUCAAACCAAGUGGUUCCUAUGAGACCGUCCAAUUUGAUCAGACCCUCACUACCAAGUCCGUCUGCGAUAAGAAGACCUAUCCCCCAAAAAUCUAUACCACAAAGACCUGCUAUAGGAAAAUUAAAAAUUUCCCCGCACGCGAUCAGUCAGACUGUUAAAAGACCGUCGGAGGAAGUCGCGCAUUUCAGUUGUUUCAAGAAACCGAAAGAUUCCGGGAUAUUUCACAAUGAUGGACCGGACAGUGAUGAUGAAUCAACGACCCAAUACUCUGCUUCUCAGAGCCAGACCAAAUACGCCAGCGUCACUAAAACCGUCAAAGGAAAAACCGGUGUCACUUCAAUGAAAUCCGAAACCAGCACUAGUUCACAACAACAUCUCAGCAAACUGAGCAAUGUUUCCGGCUUAAAGAUUGUCAAAACGAAUUCCAGCAAUAAGGUUGAAGAAAGGAGUGAAGUGACUUCUACUAACAAAAACACCUUAGAGGCUCUGGAGAAGUUACAGAAACAAGGACUGUUGAUAAAGAAGCCGCGGUUAGAAGAAUACAGUGAACAAACGAACUCAUACAGCGAGAGUGACGGUGAUGAAAGUGAAAAAUGA